GGCCGGCUACAGCGUAGAGCUGGCAGUCUACUCGCGACGGCGAUCUAGGCCGCACGUCGCGUUGGCGCCUUCGAACGAACAUUUAACUCGAACGUAAACAAAUGUAAUGUGAUCAAAAACUUUUUUAUAACAUGUUAUUGUGUGACCUGACAAUUCUUGAAGAUAUACACAAUCUAAGAUGAAAGCGUGGAGCGCUCACGAGCAGGACACGACGCUGUCUUGCUGCCGGACGCUGCACGUCAAACACGCUGCUUAUGCUAGCGCCCUCUAUACACUGAAUAUAUCAAUACUAGUGGUGCUGUUGUACAGUUGGCGGAUCGGUGUUAAUGCGAAGAGGUAUAAGGAGUUGGACGACGUUUAUUAUGGUGUGCAGAUAGCAUAUUUCGCGAUAAUAGGAACGCAAAUGUUCAUGAUCGUGCUCAGCAUAUUCCUCUUCUAUGGAAUUUAUAAAGAAAACGUGGCGUUUCUAGUGCCGUGGGUGGUCGGCUGUAUGACCUUCAUGGCCCUCGAGGCGAUGGCCAUGGUUUACUCCAAUAUACUUAGAGAUCAUGUUAACAAGCAAUUCGACUCAAUGUGCAAAGCCGAAAUAUCAUUCUUAAUACCACGGAUACUUCUAAAUUGCUUAUGUAUAUGGUGCGUCCUGCGACUCUACCACUUACUCCGCGCCGGCGUGACCUGGAAGGGCGCGGCGCCCAUCGAGCUGUGACUACUGCCGCCCCUCCAACCCUCGGAGCCACAGCCCCACUCGCAGCCCUGCGAGUCCACGCUCCUCUUAGGAGGGGCAGAGAGUGACACCGAUGCUAGCCUUCAUGAACUUUGACGACGCCGUUGUUACCAUGGAAACUAGGUUUCUAGAACUUAGGACUUGUUUUGUUUGGAUCCGACUGGUCCUUGACGUCUUUACACAUUUCGUGAUUGAAAUAUUUGUAACUCAAUUACUAUCUUCGAUUUAAAACUUUAGCAAGUUUAAUAUGAAGAAAUCUGAAUCCAAAAACUUGUCUAGAACUCUUUAGCGUCUCAGAAUUUCAAGAACAUUCUCAUUAGGAUACAGAAUAUAAUCGUUACGAACGGAACUACCUUCAAAGCGUUCAGACCAACCACUAACGAACCUGAUCUGAAGUCAAACCCCCAGAUUAACAUGAUCUUUGUAUUAAGGACUACACAUUGAUUCAAUCUUAGCACACAGAGAUAUCGCUGACCUAUUUAUUCAUAAAUGCUGCACAUAUCAGAUCGCUAGUAUUCUGGGUCGAAGGACUAAAUUACUAACGCCGCAUCUAAGAUCGGGUCGGGAGAUAGGUACUAAGGAACGGGUUUGGUUCAAGGUUUCGUUUUUGUAUUAGUUUUUGGUCCUUUCCUACAUUGUAUUUUGGAGCCGUAUCGUUAGAAGCAUUAAAUUUGAUUUUAUUGAUAUUGGCAGAGAAAAUAGUUCCACUAAAAAUAUCGAAACAAUAAAUUACCAUGCAUUUUACAAUAUGCAAUGUAAUUAGGUAUUACCAUUUACUUUUCUUGCAUUAACGUUUCCACUCAUAAUUUUUAUUUACAAUGCUACAUUAUCAAAUUAAAAAUAUACAAAAAGUAGAAACAAGUGCGGUUUUUAUAAAAGGUAAUUAUGCAAAUGACAGUACUUGGUCGACCAGUUAUAAUUAAGGCGAAGUUCUCCUAGCUACACAAACAUGCAUCGCCUUUACUUAGACAUAAUGAAAAGAAAAUUAACAGCGCAUGUUAUUUGCAUGGAAUAGCAGUAUUUUAUAUUAAAAUAUUUUCCACCCUUUUUAAAAGAGACAAUAUUCUAAUGAGAAUGUUUUCCGCUGAAUAAAAAACCUCGGCGUUUAUUUGUUUUAUAUGCUAUCUCUCAUUGCAGAAAAAUACAUUAUUCCUGACGUUAUAUACUUUUACCGUACAAGCCUUUGUGUGAUCCAUUCUUUUCCAAGCUUGAGUGUCCUCAGGGCUUGUGAUUCGAUAUCUUAAUGUUUGUAAAACCAUCGUUUCACAACUAUUAUAUUCCUUUUUCUGGGAGACGUUUACAAAGUAUUUUAAAUUAAUAUUUUUAUAAACCAAACUUUUUUUAACCUGACCUAACCGAUCUCUUUUUGUAUAUUCAGAUAUUUGCGUCACAUUUUUGUGUAAAGGCGGCCAAGGGUCAAUAACGAUGAUUCUAAAAACGUCGUAUCAGAUAAUUGUUUAGCCUUCCAUGUUAUAAUGAGUACAAUAAUAUUGUUUACUACGUAUCAUGAUAAGAUAUCAAUAGAUAUAAUGAAUGUAUAAUUUAUUAUUAGGGAAUUAUUAUUUAGCACACGGAGUCUUUGAAGUUACGAUGUAUUGAUAUUAAUUGUAUCAAUCGCCGUUUUCCCCAUUUUUUUAAUCGUUCAUUUAAAAGCCUGAAUUUACAGACUCAUGAAAUGUUAUGUCCCUCAGCAAACACUACUUAGAAGUUGUAGCCGAUCGUGAUUGGAAUAAAUAACUAUAGCGUAACUUCAAAGAACUUUCGCCCUGUAAAUAAAGCUUGUUUAAAACAAUAAAGGACAAAAUCCUAUGAUGAAAAAUAAACUUUUUAAGCUGAUUGGUCAAAGAGAAACUUUGUCCACCACAAAAGUAUUAAAUAACAAUGUAAAAACCAAAGAAUAUUACACUUUGAUCAGACACGUUUGAUCUAAAAUUAUUUGUAAAUAUGACCUAAGUUUAAAAGAAAUAUUUUGUAUAUAAAAGUAAAAUAAAUGUAUAUUUAUAUUUAUAGACGCUGAAACAAAGCUUGUUUUACUGCUUGUAAAUAAAUAGAGAAGUGACUUUUUAUUGGGUGAUGUAAACCGCCCAUCAUAAUAAACGCUGUAAAAAUAGACAAGAAAAUUAAAAAAAAACGUUACAAUGAAAUUCCGAUAUUAUACGUCUAAUAAAUUGAAUGUUGAAAUUGU